AUGGACAAGCCGCAUAAAUGCCUAGAGUGUGGAAGAUGCUUCCGUCUAAAAGCCCACCUCAACAGACACCAAAAAACCCACACGGGAGAGAAACCAUAUAAAUGCCUGGAGUGUGGGAAAGGCUUUGCUGAAAAGAGAAAUCUCGUUCUGCACGAAAUGAAUCACAGAGGAGAGAGACCCUAUCAAUGCCUGGAGUGCGGGAAGAGUUUUAGCUGCAUAUCACGUCUCAAAGGACACCACAACAGCCAUACUGAGAAAUUAUACACAUGCCUGGAGUGUGGGAAAUGUUUCCGUCAAAAAGCAGACCUCGACAAACACCAAAAGAACCACACGGGAGAGAAGCCGUAUAAAUGCCAGGAGUGUGGGAAAGGCUUUGCUGAAAAGAAAUACCUCAAUGAGCAUGAGCUGAAUCACAGAGGAGACAAACCCUAUAAAUGCCUGGAGUGUGGGAAGAGCUUCAGCUACGUCUCGCGCCUCAAAACACACCAGAAUAGCCAUACAGAAGAGAAAUUGUACACAUGCCUGGAGUGUGGGAAAUGCUUCUGUAUCAAAUCAAACCUCAAUAAACACCAAAAAAUCCACACAGGACAGAAGCCUUAUAAAUGCUUUGAGUGUGGGAAACACUUUGUUGAAAAGAGAAAUCUGGUUGUGCAUGAAAUGAAUCACAGAGGAGAGAGACCCUAUCAAUGCCCAGAGUGCGGGAAGAGUUUCAGCUGCAUAUCGCGUCUCAAAGGACACCAGAAUAGCCACACGGAAGAGAAAUUAUACACCUGCCUGGAGUGUGGGAAGUGCUUCCGUCAAAAAUCACACCUCAAAAGGCACCUCAAAACUCACGCGGCACCAGAAUAUUCACACAAUGAAGAAAACACCUGGACAGAAAGCAGCUCUAGCCUUUGCACCUAUCUGGAUCUGUAG